AUGAAAAGUUACAAUACAUGCAAUAGAUUAGGUAAAAAAUGGCCCCAAAAUUAUAUAUUAAUAAGUGAUGCAAUGUGUGGAUUUAAUCCUCAAUUUGCGCAAGGUAUGACACAUGCAUUAAGACAUGCGAAAGAAUUGGGAAAAAUAUUUGGCGAGAGUUGCCAUAAAUUAAAAGAUAUUUCUCAUAUUUUUAAUCGCCGUGCUUCAGUAAUUACUGAAGAAUGCUGGCUUGCUUCGACUGCAAAUGAUUGGAAAACACCUACAUUAAAAGUAAUUGAAACAAAUAAAAAUGGUGAUGUUAAAAUUUAUCAACGAGGUGGUGAUUCGACUACGACUAAUUAUCCUCAUCCACGAACAACUUCAAUGAUUCGAUUUAUGCAAUGGUAUAGUCUUUGGUUUAUUCACUGUGCAUCAAAAUCUGGACAAUUAUCUACAGAUUUUAUGCGUGUUAUAACUCAACAGAGCAGUUCAUUAUUAUUAAUGAAACCUACAUCGUUUUUUGCUGUCAUUCGUACUGCAUUAAUGAGUUAUUUAAAGGACUGGGGCCUAUUUAGUGGGAGAUCGGUCCAGAAUAGUAACUGA